AAUAUACACAUACAUACAAGUUUCUAUUCAACUUACUCUUCAAACCUUCAUAAUGGAUUUCCUCAACAAAGGCAAAGAGAUGCUCAGCCAAAGCGGUAACACUGGCGCCGCGCAAGGCCAACAAACCACAAGCAACGUCCAACAAGGCGGUGCUGGACAGGAGGAUUACGGUGACAAGGGACUCGACUUCAUCGAGAAGAAGACCGGACAUACAAUGGGUCGCGACACAAACGAGAAGAUCACUGAUGGUGCGAGGGGAUUGUAUGAGAAGGCUACUGGGUCGUAUCGAUUCGCAGGAGCACGGUUAACCCGAAGUGGUCUAACUGAGGGUGUGUCUUGGGUGGUGUUUUAUUAGGCAUGGAUGGGAUGGGUGGUUUGGUUGG